AGGCUUCAGCUGCAGCAGUUGGAAAACGACAUGACAUCCGUGGAGCAGGAGAGCCAAAAGAUCAACGAACACUUGAGCAGCCUGGCUCUCAUCCAGGAGGCUCUCGACGAGGAGACGGACAAAUACAACAAGUUACUGACCUCCACUCAGACCAGGUUCUCUACCUCCGCUCGCCUCAUCGACCAGAAACAGGCGACCAUCCUCAGCCUCAAUGCGAAUAUUUCAAAAAUCACAGCUCGCACCAAGCGUGACGACCUGGGUCCUCUUCACAUCAAAGUUCAGGAAAUGACGGCUCAGAUCAAGGAGCUGAAUGCAAACAUAAAGAAGGGCCAGCUGCUGUGGCUGCUGCAGCAGGAGAAGCUGUUGGGACUGAUCAAAGACCUGGAGAGCAAAAGCUGGAUGAUGCACAAGCUGCAGACUCAGCACACAGCAAUGAAGCAAAAGAAAAUCUACUUGGAGAGUCAGAUUGCGCAGGAGCAACGAGAGAGCUCAGAACUGGAGAAGAACUCCAAGAUUCUGGAGCGAGACCUGGAGAAGCUCGGUGGCCUGCUGAGAAAGAACCACCAUCUGAGUCAGGCUCUGGAGCUGGAGAACACACUGAUGGAGACGGACUUUAUUCAACAAAUCAAGGAGAGAGAGAGGGAGGCUGUCGACAUCCAAAUGAAAGUUGAGAAGGCCCAGGAAGAAAGAGAGAUUCUUGUCCAGAGUCUGCUGGAAGCUGAUCAACAGCUCAUGUUGUGGAAGAGAAAGACCCAGAUUCUGAAGGAGACCCGUGCCGUUGUGGACUCUCAGAUCGACAAGGAAGAAAUCCAGAAGAUGAAGGCUGAGAUACAUCGUAAGAAG